GAUUGCCCUGGUUAUGGAUUCCUUCACGGAUACCGAUAUCUUCAGAGACCUCUUGGAAGCUUGUAGCCAGCGGCAAGUUAAAGCAUAUAUCCUUCUAGAUCAGUCUUCAUUUUCCCACUUUCUAAAAAUGUGCAAGGAUCUGGGAGUUGACCUGGAACGGGAAAAGUUGAUGAGAAUUCGAAAUAUCACUGGGAACAUAUACUACACGAGGUCGGGUGCCAAAAUUGUUGGAAAAGUCCGUGAAAAGUUCAUGUUAAUUGAUGGCAUUAGAGUGACAACGGGCUCCUACAGUUUUACAUGGACAGAUGGGAAGCUGAACAGCAGCAACAUUUUGAUCCUGUCAGGCCCUGCAGUUGCACACUUUGACCUGGAAUUUCGGAUUCUUUAUGCACGGUCAAAGCCUAUCAACCUCAAAGAGUUAUCCAGCUGCAAGAAGAAUAAGGUGUUGGACCAGUUGGUCAGGAUAACAGUGGCUUCCAGAGACUUGACCAGGCAAAACUUCCUGAGAAUGGAGUUUUUGUAUCUCAGAGCAUUUGUAGGAAAUGUAAAAAGGAAGCGAAGCUGGCUGCAUGCCUCAAGGGAGGCAGUCUACGUGUCAAGUAAUGCAAUGCAUGCCUCUCCUCCGCUGACUAAGAGGAAUGUCUCUCUAGUUAUGAGGCCACACUGGAUCAUAGAGAGAUGAACUGCACGUUCACGCGGGGCGAGAAGCAGAACCUCAGGCACCACGUCCAGCCGUCCGUGUCCAGUCCUGCCUUACAGUGUGUUUGUGAGAGCAGCUGGGAAAGAAACCUCAAACUGACAGAAAGUGAUACUGGAAUCAUGGUUUCGUUUGAAUACCACUGUAAUGUAGAUCGACAGAUAGAAUUAUGGUAUUGUUCUAGGCUCAGACAUGUUUUUAAAAAAAAACAACUCUUUAACACCUGGAAAGCCAUUAUUGACUUCUAGUAUUCUGUCAGAUUUUCAUUUUUCCA